AGUUGGCAGAGACAAUGGCUAAAAUUUUGUUUUAUUGAUAUAUAUAAUAGGAGGUGUAGAUAUCAAAGCAGGCUAAUUUAUUCUAUAAAGUCAAUGAAUUAUACGAUCGCUUAACCACAUUUUUUUUGCUAUUUUAAAGUUCAUUUAAAAAAAAAAAAAAAAAAAAAAAACCUAAAGUGGAUCGUUGAGUAUUUGCUUCACCUCUACUGCUAGUAAGAGAGAGAACCAUGUGCAGGUGCCUUCUAAUUCAAGCACACAAACUGAAUGCCCUUUUGGCACUCAAAGUAUGCUUCUUCUUAGGUUCCUUACUAGAUUCAAAUUGAUUUUUGUAUCAGUUCCAAUCUAAUUAUUGCUUUCAUGUUUUCAAUCUAUAUUUUACAUGUUAACUUGAUUUAUGUUUGCCGAGGAAAAGCUUGUUAGAAGGAUCUCAUAUCAUAAUUUGGCAUUUCAUGGCUAAAGAUCAGAUUGUUAUCUUCAGUAUUCGUUGUUUCUGCUUAGUCACUGUGCUCCUGUCUGCAUUUUCAUUCGUUUCAGUUCUCUAUUGGUUUCAAUGCUCUGUUCCAUGCUAUUCCAAAAGCCAAAUGAUAUUGCAAAAGCAAUAUCAACCCAUUAAUCUUCUUUCUUUCCCUUCUGCAUGGAAUCAUCUUUCCUUUCCCUCAAAACCACCCCCAAAACACCUUAAAAUUGCGCUCUUUGUGAAGAAAUGGCCUGAUAGAUCUCAUGCUGGAGGGCUUGAACGGCAUGCUUUGACCCUUCAUCUUGCACUUGCCAAAAGAGGGCAUGAGCUACAUGUUUUCACCACUUCUCCCCUCAACUCCACCUUCCCAAGGUACCCACUGAGCAAUUUAUAUUUUCACCUUUCAAAACCAACAGCCGCGGGUUAUCUGGACCAAGCUUUGGUCUGGAAGCUAUUUCAUACUCAAAACUCAACCAAGAAACCUUUUGAUGUAGUCCACACUGAAAGUGUGGGGCUCUGGCAUGCUCGAUCACAGAACCUGACCAACUUAGCUGUUACUUGGCAUGGGAUUGCAUAUGAAACCAUUCAUACUGACAUCAUUCAAGAACUUUUACGGAAUCCUGAAGAACCACAAGCAUAUGCAUUGACUGAAAGAGUUAACAAAGUUGUUGAAGAGGUCAGAUUUUUCCCUGAUUAUGCUCACCAUGUUGCCACUAGUGAUCAUGCUGGAGAUGUCCUGAAAAGGAUAUAUAUGAUCCCAGAAGAACGAGUUCAUAUUAUUCUCAAUGGCGUGGAUGAGGAGGUUUUCAAGCCGGAUGCUGCUAAAGGCAAAGAAUUUAAGCAGAAAUUUGGUGUCACGGAGAGUAGAUUGUUGGUUUUGGGCAUGGCAGGGAGGUUGGUGAAAGAUAAAGGGCAUCCCUUAAUGUUUGAGGCGCUGAAGCAGAUGCUCAAGGAGAAUGAUACAUUUCGUGAGAACACUGUUGUUUUGGUUGCUGGAGAUGGUCCUUGGGGUCCUAGAUACAGGGAUCUUGGGGCAAAUGCACUUGUUCUGGGGCCAUUAGAACAAGCUCAACUGGCAAGGUUGUACAAUGCAAUAGACAUUUUUGUCAACCCAACAAUUCGAGCUCAAGGAUUGGAUCAUACUUUACUAGAAGCAAUGCUAUCUGGUAAGCCUGUUAUGGCCACAAGGGUAGCCAGCAUCACAGGAUCUGUGAUUGUUGGAAAAGAAACAGGUUAUAUCUUUUCACCAACAGUACUUUCAUUGAAGAAUGCUCUCUAUAGAGUUUGGGAAGAUGGCAGAGGAGUUCUAGAAAAGAAAGGCCAGGCUGCUAGGCAGAAAGGGUUGCAGUUGUUCACUGCUACCAAAAUGGCAGCUGCUUAUGAAAGGCUUUUCCUUUGCAUAUCAAAUGAUGAGAACAGAAUGGAAGAUUAUUGUCAAUUCUAACCUCCAGUCCAAUUAAAAUAGCAGUACCAUUGCCUCUUUGAGGUCAAUUAUGAGAGAUUGUGAGAGCCAGCAGUGACUGUUGUAAGGAAUUUUGUAAUUUCAGUUCAAAUGCUCCUGUCAUUACAAUUAAGUAGUUGGGUUGAAGCUGUGGAGGAACCAGUUGAAGCGAGACCUUUAAGAAGAAAACAGGACAGGAACCAAGAUAUCUUAUUGUAGUGUUACCAUAUAGACAUGAUAGAUCUGAAUCCAAUUCACAGGCUACAAUUUACCUCAAGCUGGGAGGAAGUUUAAAUUCUGAUAGCCUUAAACAAGGUACUUAUUUUUGGCGGCUACUUUUGUAGUUGGAUUAGCAGACAAAGCUAGAGAGAUGAAUUUUGAUUUACAGUUAUGAAAUCCUGAAAGAAACGUGACAUUUAUGUAUGGAACUGUAUGGUUUUGCUAGACAAUAUGAUUGGUGUAUUUAGAAGUGGAAACAGGUUCACUGCUUUCUGCCUGUGCUAUAAAAUUUACCACCCUAGAACAAUAUCUAAUGAUUUGCCAAUUGAAGGCUGAAACCUGUACCUCAGAAAAAUUAUGAGCCUUUUUUUAAGUUUCAUAUAUUUCUGCAAAUAAUAGGAAAGAUGCACAAAAUUUUGGGAAUGAACCUUCAAGCAUCCAUGUUGACAUGUACAACUGAAGAGGCUCAAAAAUCAUCUAUAUAUUGAUAUUUCUUACAUGCUUAUAAAAAGAGCAUCAAAACAAUAUUCAAUGGCCCAGGUAAAUUGGCCAAGAGCAGAAAGAGUUCACUACUGUUGCACAGUUUCUUCAACUUGUCUUUCAUUGAGGCCACACUCAUUUCAAAAUCAUGGAACUUGAAUGUCUUUACUGGGGAAAGCAUUUCAAGGAUCUAACAACAUCAGCUGCUUCUUUAUUUUGCAUAUUUUCGUUAUUGUCACCUAGGCUUCAUGAAUUCCU